UAACCAUUCAAUGGCCAACAACAACAUGUUUAAAAUUCUAAUUGGCACAAUCUUAUUUAUCAGUAGUGCAAGUAGUACCAGUACCCGGCCUCACAUCGUCUUCAUAAUCGCUGACGAUUUGGGCUUUAAUGAUGUAAGCUUUCACGGUUCCGGGCAAAUCCCGACCCCUAACAUUGACGCCCUGGCUUAUUCCGGCCUGAUCUUGAACAACUACUACGUCAACCCGAUUUGUACCCCUUCAAGAAGUGCCUUAAUGACUGGUAAAUACCCGAUUCACACAGGAAUGCAACAUACUGUUUUAUAUGGUGCCGAGCCUAGGGGUUUGCCGCUUACGGAAAAACUUUUGCCGCAAUAUUUACAAGAAUUAGGCUACGUUAAUAGGAUUGUAGGCAAAUGGCAUUUAGGAUCUUGGAAAAAAGAGUACACCCCUUUGUAUAGGGGCUUUGUAUCGCAUUUAGGUUAUUGGACAGGACAUCAGGAUUACUAUGACCACUCAGCUGUUGAAAAACCAGGAUGGGGCUUGGAUAUGCGAGUCAACAUGAGUAUUGGCUACCAGUUGCACGGCCAAUAUUCCACCGAUUUGUUUACAGAAGAAUCAGUUAACAUCAUUAACCAGCAUGACAAAAACAGGCCCUUAUUUCUGUAUUUGGCUCAUGCGGCUGUGCAUUCGGCCAACCCUUAUAACCCUUUACCUGCCCCGGAUGAGGAGGUUGCCAAGUUUCCUAUUGAUGAUUAUAAACGUCAACGGUUUGCUGGGGUCUUGAGCAAACUAGAUGAAUCAGUGGGCCGAGUAGUGGCAGCCUUAAAACACAACGACAUGCUGGAAAAUAGCAUUAUAGUUUUUACUACUGACAAUGGAGGACCCGCCGCUGGAUUCAACCUUAAUGCCGCCUCCAACUAUCCCCUUAAAGGAGUCAAAAACACUUUGUGGGAAGGAGGUAUCAGAGGUGCUGCCUUACUAUGGAGCCCCCUAAUUAAAACCCCCUCAAGAGUCUCGACGCAAUUGAUGCAAAUCGUCGACUGGUUGCCUACCUUACUAACAGCAGCCGGUGGUACUAACAACCAUGAUUUAAAAGAUUUGGAUGGGCAAAGCAUCUGGAAUGCAUUGUCACAUAAUAUUGAAUCUCCUAGACACGAAAUCUUGCAUAACAUUGACGACAUUUACGGUAACGCUGCUUUAAUGCUCGACAACUGGAAGCUAAUUCAAGGUACUACUUAUGAGGGCGCGUGGGACAACUGGUACGGCCCUUCAGGCCGCAAUCAACCCUACAAUACUUCUCUGAUACAUCAAAGCCUGGUGGGCAAAGCCCUCAGAAGCAUCAGCGACUCUACAAUCAACCGCCUCAGAAGUGAGGCAACAGUACAGUGUGGUAACGCAACUGUGGUACCUUGCGAUCCAAUUAAAGCCGCUUGUUUGUUUGAUAUUGCCAAAGACCCGUGCGAGUACAUAAAUUUGGCCGACAAGUACCCAAAUGUUGUUGAAACUUUAAAAUUAAAGCUUCAACAGUACAACGCAAGUGCGGUACCGCCUGGUAAUUUACCUUUGGACCCUCGGGGCGAUCCCAAGCAUUGGAAUUAUGUUUUUACGAACUUUGGGGACUAUGAGGAAAUGGUUACUGUGACCUAAUAAUAUAGUACUAAUUUUUUUAUUAAAUUAUAAAAUACCUACAAAUAAUUACUCGCUCUCUCUCUAAUCUUUAACAAUAUUAAAACCUAUCAAAAUUUGAUUCAUCUAUAUACAUACUUUGGAAAACAUAAAGGUAUUUACAAUUUUAAUUAAUGAAUUGCAUAAUUAACUAUGUACAAUAAUAAUAAUUUAAUAAUUUCACUACUAGCUCUUGGUGGUUGGUGGAUGAUUUAUUUCCUGGCUUGAAGAAUUUUUUAUAUUUUUUUCCAAAAAAAAACAAAAUGACAAAAUUGAAAAUCUGAUGGCAACUAUUUAAAUAAGGGCGGUGAUGAGACGUGCCUUGAAGUUGACUAGUCUUUCGCUAGUUUGGGCCAGACGCUAAGAAGAAAAUAAAAAAUACAAUACACAUACAUACAAUAAUGGGUCAUUAUUUACCAGAAUCAAAUCUUGUACCAAAUUGGCAAGUCCUCGGUUAGCGAUUACAAAUAGCCUGGUUAUGGGCCCAGGAAUACCUUCGGUGUAGCCGUCUGCGCUUUUUUGUACGUCUAACUCUGCCACUCCUCCAGCAUCAUGCUCAUCGGAUUCUUCGGUGGCUCCCGAACCGGCUAC